GCUCUCAGGAUGACGGACUCCCGCAUCUCGCGUCUGCUCCUGUGCGUGUGGAUGUGCGCGCUCUGGGACGCGCUCGCCGCCAAAUCGCUCCCAGAUCCGGGAGGCUUCGAGGUGGAGAUCAAGGUGCAGGUGUUCGACAGCAGUGACUUGUCUCCGCUGGCGGACGCUCAGGUGCACGUCCACGGGAAUCAAACCAUCUUGGCGUCCAGCCGAGCCGGCAGCGAUGGCGUCCUGAAGGUCAACUUCCUGUACCGCGCCGGGACGUGGGUCAUCAUCACGGCCUCCAAGCAGGACUACGUCACCAACUCCGUGCCCUGGCACUCCAGCCGCAUCCCCCUGUACGCGUCCGUCAGCCUGUACCUCCUCGUCCAGAGACCAGGAACUCUCAUCCUGUACGAUGACGUCCUGCAGGUCCUCUCCGGGUCUCCAGGAGCUCGUAACCAGCCGCUGGUGCAGCUCCAGAGGAAGUCUCUCCAGCUGCCGUCCACCUCCAACUACACGGCGCUGUCGGCCGCCAUGACCACGGCCAGGAGCCAGUACGAGAUCGGUGGUUUCCCGUUCCUCCUCGGACAAGAGACCAACAGCUCGGGUGCAGACACCGGCUGGACAGACCUGACGGCGGUGGCGGUCGUCAGCAUCCAGCUGUUUGACAAAGAUGGAGCCGCCAUCCAGGUGUCGGACCCGAUCCAGAUCUCCGUGCCGCUGCCGUCUGACUCCCGCUACAGGACGGCCAUGAGCGUCCCGGCCUGGAUGUAUCAGCCGAAGACGGGACUGUGGGUUCGGAACGGGACGGGCUACAUCGAGAAGGACGGCGCUCAGCUGGUGUGGAACGUGCUGGUUCCUCAGAUGGGAUACUGGUUGGCUGCCUUCCCGUCUUCUUCAGGACUGGGUCUGUCCCACCCGGGCCUGAGGGACAUCACCACCUACCACACCCUGUUCCUGCUCUGCAUCCUGGGCUCGCUGGCCCUGCUGGUGCUCAUCCUGCUCUGUGUGCUGCUCUACUACUGCAGGCGGAAGUGUUUGAAACCUCGCCGGCAGCAGGGUAAACCCCACGCCACCAAUCUGAACGGUGCCAAGAGAGACCAGGGCACCUCCACCUCACGCCUGAACCUGAUCUGUGGAGGCCACGCGGAGUCCGGACCGUCCAACGACAAAUCCGACUCGUCCCCAUCGGGAAACUGCGACAGUUCCCGGGAGGACCUCACCAAACAUGUCCCCGCUCACAUGCUGCGACACGGGAAGGGCAAAAACGCUCCGGGUGCCCAACGGGGGGAAAGCUUCCCCAUGAAGGUGACACGUGCCACAGAGACCAACAACCUGGACAACCCGCUGCUGCAUGAAGACUACAACAGGCACCACAACGCCAAUGACAAUCGAGGGUACGCCUCCGAUCCCCCGUCCCCGCCUCGCUUCCAGUGCUACGUGCCAAGUCAGUCCGACAAGCCUCCGGAGUACUCGGCAUCAGCAGCCGACAACCUCACCCGGCCCACCUCCCUCAACACUCAAGCAGGUCAAAUCAUCUUCUGCAGCUCCAUCGACCAGAUGAAGGAGAACAUGUACCGCAGCAUGGUGCCGACCCUGGUGAUUCCAGCACACUACAUGCGCCUGCCCUCCGAGUUCUCUGGUAAAGACGGGAAGGACCAGAAGGAGCAAGACAACGACGGUGCCCAGAUGGGAGGAGGCCAGCAGCAUCACCACCACUCCCAGAAGCAAGGCCAGCAGCAGCAGGGAGGAUCCCAGGGAGACGACUCCGAGGAGCCCAGCUGGGCGUCCGACUCCUCCGGUGGACCCAUGACCAUCCCUGUGCUCUUCAACGACUCCACCAUGGCUCAGAUGAACGGAGAACUGCAGGCGCUGACUGAGAAGAAGCUCCUGGAACUGGGUGUAAAGCAGCACCCCCGGGCGUGGUUCAUCUCCCUGGACGGACGAGACAACGCUCACGUGCGCCACUCCUUCAUCGAUCCUGGGAACGACCUCAGUGGCGGUGGGUUCGGAGGGGGGGGCAGCAGCGCUCAGCGAGACAUCAACCUCGAAGCGAUGAACCGGAGGGCCAAAGAAGAGCGCUGGGGAACGGGGGGGCGGAAGGGCCACGGCGCGAGCAGCACCGGUAAGAAGAGCUACUCCAAGCUGGCCUACCCGGACCACAGCGAGCCCAGCAGCAGCAGCGAGGGACGCCCUGUCUCCCCCGAGGAGAACUCCCUCACCCCUCUCCUGGACGAGGAUCCGUCCUCUCGAGGAUCCACCAUCACCCGGAGAGGACGCAGCCGCGUGAACAGCGGCCGCAGCAGCAACAGCGAGAACCGCCGCGACUCCAUGACGAGCCCCGAGGACGACCCGGACGACAAGGACGAGAACAAGAAGAGCCCCUGGCAGAAGAUCGAGGACAGGCCUCUCAUGGUCUUCCACCCGAGGAAGUGAAGAUACCAAACACUGGACCUUUAACAGUCUUUUCAAAGAGGAACAGUGAUGUUUCCACCAGGAGAAACCACAAUAAGCACAACCGAGCUCCACUGGUCUGGUUUCAGGUGGUGGUUUGACCUUAGUGUCCCUGGUGAGGUGAGAGCACCUUCUGGUUCCAAUCGUUGUCUCACCGUCAGUUAAUCACUGGUUCCCACUGAGAUGUGGACUGAAAUCUAAAGUUUUAAUCCCGUCACCUCGUCACACCACUGAACCCCUCGUCUGAGCCAUUGCAUCUACUGACUGUGGAAAUAGCCAUUUUAUAGAGCAGAGUAUAAGAAUAAAGCACUUAACAGAUGAUUUGAGGAUUGUUUGAUUGGUAUUUACAAAGUGUUUUUACAGGAUUUGUGGGUAGUGAGGUGAACCUGAGGCUCAUAUAGACGGCAGAAGUUGUGAGUCUGUCUUUGCUCGACUUCUCCUCUGUGUGAAACUGUAACUAGGGUAAGUUUUCUUUAAAGGAAACAUUUCCCCCAAAGCCUAAAUAGGUAUUUAACCUAUUAAAUAUACAUAUUGGGUUUUUCUUGCCCCUGUGAACAGAUAAUGCAAACGUGCGAUUAGCAUUUUGCUCCCUGAUCUCCUCCUGUACUGUGUUCAUGUGUUGUUAUUACUUACUCAGAUAGUAAUGAAAUGUUGAGCAUCAUCUUCAAGUCCCUCUUUCAUCUCUCCCCUCAUUUUAUCUACAAUUCUGCCAAAAGUUUCUGCCUUUCUCCUGUUGAUAGAAGUUUUUCUUGCGAUAUAUCUUUUGUGUAAAUAGUUUCCCAGACAAUUGGAAGAACCCUUUGGUUUUCCAAAAAAGUUGCAUGCAUAUGAAUGUAUGAAUAAAUCAAAAGCCCCCCCCCCCCGCGGCUCGUCGGGCACUUAGGUAGACGACCUCUAAUUGCCAAGAAACGCCACCAACCCGGACGUGGCUCAGCUAAAAAGUCGUUUUACUUGAAGAGUUAUCUACUUAAUAUUCUACAGGGGUCGUUGCACCACUUCUCUCCUGUAAGUGCCUUCUUUCACAGAGGAUGGAGUGAUAGGCCUGCAGCUCCCUUAGUCACCUAGCUAUGCUAACCACGCUGUGACUAACAAUAAGCACACUGCAAUGCAUUGUGGUUCUAACACCAACACGCGUCACUCCGGGGAGCCGGCCUGCCAAAAACGGCGACUUUUUCCUGCGGCUCUCACAUCCUUGUAUAUCUUAAUUUCUUAUAUAUCUAUCCACUUUUUCACCAAUGUUGUAAAUGCUCUGAUGAACUUUAUGAGAUUUUAUGUGUAUACAGUACCACGUGCAUGUGACUUGUAGAUUAGGGUGUUUUUUUGAUGAAACCUUUUUCGAGGACGUUUGGCACAAAGUGUGAUGCAUUGACUCGUGUUGCCACAUUAACAGAUUCACACUUGACUCUUUUCCCUUCGUCCAGUUCGACUAUAAUUCACUUCCGGUCGUAAAUGUUUACAACGAUAACACACUGACCAACACGCGCUCCCGCUGCUCACGAGCAUCGACUGUGAACUUCCUCGUGCCAUCAAGCAGAUUUGUAGAAGCUCACGAGAUGUUUUGUUUAUGAAGUGAUUAUCCUGAAGGUUGUGUUGACUUUGUGUCCCCACUCGCUUGCUGUUCAUAAGCCUGUGUCAGUCCCCUUCAGUGCAAACAUGUGAUGUGAGUCUGGAGAAAAGACGAAUCCUACUGACCUGUCGUGUCCUCUGCUGUAAAUUUCUCCGGACCACAUGUGGAAUUGAUAUGAGUUGUGCAAUCGUGGCUUUUCCUCGCUAUCGUUUGUGUUUGACACGAGAUGGUUUGUGUGUUUUUCUCAGUAGAUUUUGUGAACUUGUGUUUGGACGGUUUCAGAGAGUUUUUGUUCACUGCUGAUUUGAGAACUGACAAACGAGAGCUGGUUGUUUGCAGCACAGUGUUUGUGAAGGAUUGAGCUGCAGGCGUUCACCCUGUGCAGUCAACCAUCGCUUCAUCAACCUGGUCAGUUGUUUGUAAACUGUAAAUCGAUUCUUUCUGUUCAUGAGACAAAGUAGAAAUAAACUUGUUCCCACGUUCUGUC